AUGAAGAGAUUCAAGCUUGAUAUAUUGGGUGUUAGUGAAUGCAGAUGGACUGAUUCAGGAAAAUUUAAACACAAUUCAGGUACAGACAUUUACUAUUCAGGACGUACAGAUGGUAGACACCAGGAAGGAGUAGCUAUUCUAUUGAGUAAGAGAGCAAGCAAGUCUGUUGUAGAAUGGAUAGCAGUAAAUGAAAGAAUAAUAAAAAUACGCAUGGAGACCAAUUAUGGGUACAUGACUGUUAUCCAAUGCUAUGCCCCAAUGAAUGAUUACAUAGAUAAUGAAAAGGAGAAUUUUUAUGAUAAAUUAAAUCAGAUGAUAGUGGACACACCAAAGCAUGAUGUACUUACCAUCAUUGGAGAUUUUAAUGCAAAAGUAGGUUCAACUAACACAGGUUCAGAAGAAGUGAUGGGAAAACAUGGGCUUGGAGAAAUUAACAACAAUGGUGAAAGAUUAGUAGAGAUGUGUAUCAUGAACAAUCUGAUAAUUGGGGGAACAAUCUUUGAACAUAAAAACAUACACAAAGCCACAUGGGUGUCUCCAAAUGGGAAAGUGAAAAACCAGAUAGAUCACAUACUGAUUAAUAAGAAAUGGAGGUCAUCAUUAUUAGAUGUGAAAGUAAAAAGAGGUUCAGAUGUAUACAGCGAUCAUCACCUAGUCAUUGGAAAGAUCAGACUAAAAGCAAGAAAAAACAAAUGCAAAACACCAAGCAAGAUCAUAGACUUUGGAAAACUUCAACAACCUGAAAUACACCAAACAUUCAAUAUAGAACUGAGGAACAGAUUUGAGGUCUUACAACUCGAAGAAAAUGAGAUUGACAUAAACUCUAAAUGGCAACAUAUGAGUGAAAUCUAUUUAAAAACAAGUGAAGACAUCUUAGGUUAUAAAAAUAAAGAAAGAAAGGAAUGGAUAUCUGAAAAAACCUGA